CGUUCCGUUCCCAAAAACGUCAAGCACAGUAAAACUGGAAUAGAACAAAGUUGGCCUUAGACAUACUGAUAUAAACUAGGUUUUGCGUCCCCCUUUGGCUUAACUAAGGAUUUGGGAUGUAGCUGAUCCUAGAUCGGUUCUUACAUCCCUCGGGCAACUUAUACCUGGAGCUGAAACUAAAAAACAAGUCAAGUGGUUGUAGCCUACUUCCGUGUUUUCUUUUAAACGAAAUAGCUCCAUAUACACACAAGAAAAAGAAGAAACACAACCAUGACUUUCCUUCGAAGGUUUGCGAUAAGGCACUGCUCUCUCUCCCGCGGCUUGGGUGCUCUAUCCCCGGCGUCUCUUGGCUCGGUAACGUUACACCGUCUGGGAGUGGAAAAGCUGCCCAGCCGAGGACGCCCUUUCACGGGGCACAAUGACACACACACAAGCUGGCUACACACCGAGACGCCAGAGUCCGUAGAAGUGGAUCUAAAGCGACUAGAUGGAGAGGACACUGGUAUAGCUGAGGUGUUGAUGUGCCGUCAGAAGGCAAAGAACGCUCUGGGCCGUGUGUUUGUCUCUCAGAUGAGGGAGCUGGUGUCCUCUCUACACCAUGACACAGCUGUGAGAGUGGUGGUCUUCAGGAGUCUGGUACAAGGGGUCUUCUGUGCAGGAGCUGAUCUGAAGGAGAGAGCUGAGAUGAACCACUCUGACUCCGAUCUGUUUGUUCACGGCCUGCGCUCACUCAUGACUGAGAUUGCCUUGUUGCCCAUGCCGACGGUUGCUGCGGUGGAUGGCUUCGCCCUUGGAGGGGGUCUGGAGCUGGCGCUCGCCUGUGACCUUCGAACAGCUGCCAACUCUGCACAGAUGGGUCUGAUUGAGACAACACGGGGGCUGCUCCCAGGGGCGGGGGGCAGUCAGAGGCUGCCCAGAGCGGUGGGCUUUGCCCUGGCCAAAGAGCUGAUCUUCACCGGCAGGAGAGUGGAUGGACAGAGGGCUGUGGACAUGGGGCUGGUCAACAGAGCUACCGAGCAGAAUUCAGACGGAGACGCUGCCUAUAGAGAGGCACUGAGUCUGGCUAGAGAGAUACUACCACAGGCUCCCAUUGCUGUGAGGAUGGCUAAGGAGGCUAUGAACAGAGGCAUGGAGGUGGACAUCACAUCAGGGAUGGCCAUAGAGAGGAUGUGUUACGCCAGGGUGAUCCCGACAAGAGACAGACAGGAGGGGAUGGCUGCCUUUAUAGAGAAGAGACCCCCACGCUACACUGGAGAGUAACACACAUGGAGACUGCUAUUGUGAUUGUACACAAACCUAAUUUUCAUUCCUUUAAUAAAGUGUUUUUCAACUGCAGUUGUAAUAUUUUA